AAAAACUAAUGAAUUAUUUAUCAGAAAAAGAUCUGCAAUAGUCAAAUACCUAUAAUGUGCCACGUGUGGUUACUUUUCAAAGAAACACGACAGACACUGAUUUGUCAUAAGAAAAUAAAAACCACGAGAUACAUUGAACCUGGACACCUAGCAUCCCAAGGCCAAAACGCUUAUUAAAAGGAUCAACAACUCAAGACAGAAGUACACAUACAUUACAGAGGCAACAGAACCACCAAAUCAAAUUGUUUCCAAUAUUCAAAGAAAAUGGGAAAAGGAGGAGCUUACGUGACGGUGGCGGCGGAAGAGGUGGAGGAGCUACGGAGGAGGAACGGAGAAUUGGAGAGAGAAAUGGAGGAGAUGAAGAAAGAGAUGAUUCAGUUGUGGCGGAGGACGGUGGUGGCGGAAGAGGCGGAGGAGAGACUCUGCUCGCAGCUGGCGGAGCUGGAGGUCGAGUCUCUAGAUCAGGCGCGUGAGUAUGAGUCUCGUAUACACUUCCUCGUGGACCAAGUUUCUCGUCUCUCUUCCUCCUCUCUCGAAGUCGUUGUUAUGAAUUCUUAGUCUGAUAUUAUACUAAUAUCUGUAAAAACGGCUAAGAAUUGUAUGAUCUAUACCAGUUUUAAGUUCUUUUUUUUUUUUUAGUUAGGAGAUCCAAAACCUCUAGAGCUAGUCUAAUGUAAACAAAAGUAAAACAAAUCAUCACUGUAUUAAAAUUUCCAUUUUCAUUCAA